AAUGGGUGGUUGAAGCAGCAGAGAUCCUCUCUCAUUUCUCGCACCAUUUAUUUCCCUCCCUCGUCUCUCCUCCCCAAAACCAUCCAUAUUUUUAUAGAAGCCGAGCGACCCCGUGGGAAGCCAGCGCCAACCCCGCGAGCAAAAGAGAGCGAGAGCGAGACCGAGAAGACGAGAGAAACGAUGUCGUGGCAAACGUAUGUGGACGAGCACCUUAUGUGCGAGAUCGAUGGCCAUCACCUCACCGCCGCGGCGAUCCUCGGGCAGGAUGGCAGCGUCUGGGCUCAGAGCUCGUCGUUCCCUCCGUUCAAGCCUGAGGAGAUCACUGGUAUAAUGAAUGAUUUUGCUGAACCGGGAUCCCUUGCUCCAACUGGCUUAUUUCUUGGAUCAACAAAAUAUAUGGUUAUCCAAGGAGAACCUGGAGCUGUUAUCCGUGGAAAAAAGGGGUCAGGGGGCAUUACUGUGAAAAAGACCAACCAAGCACUUGUCUUUGGCAUCUACGACGAGCCCAUGACUCCAGGUCAGUGCAACAUGGUUGUGGAAAGGUUGGGUGACUACCUAAUUGAUCAGGGCCUGUAGCUUCUGUCACUGGGCGCCUGCCUCCAUCCCUAUCUAUCUUAUGGGAGUUCGACUUUUCUUCAUUCAUUUAUGACCAGAAACCUGGUUUCCUUUUUGUGCAUUUGUUUUCAGUAAUAAUGUUAUGAGCAAACAGGAUUGUUGGUGUCUUUGAGUUGUUUGUUUCGAUCCCUUUCAUGUUCUUGCAGCUGUUUUUGACUUCGUUGCUCUAUUGCAAAAGAAUAUUGUCAUUGGUUUGUGGUGGUUUUGGUAUAUAUUUAAUUGAAAGCAAGCAAUUCCUUCAGCACUCUUU